AUGCCGCUAGGAAGAAACAGCAACCAAUCCCUUCUCCCAGUGUGCCCUGUGAGCCGCCCCACCUGCCCAACGAACGAGAAGAUCGACCAUCAGGCAGCGACAUCGACGCCACCAACAGCUCGCGACGAUGUAAAAGAGGGUGAGUGCUCCUCCGCGGUUGCGUCCGCCACUAUCGCCAAUCACUCCAGAUCCGAUGACAAGCAGGAAGAGGAUUCGGAAUGA